GUCUCAUUCUCUGGCUGACCGUUAAUUAACCUACACGAUGUACGCUCUGGUCCGGUUCCGCGAUGAUAACGCCAAGGUUGUCGUCAGCGUGAGUAAGAUGAAGCACUUCGCAGCUAAUGAUGUGCACGAUUUCGAUUCGAAAAAAUGGUACCAAGUGUACUGGCAGGACGAGAAGCAAAAAGGGUAUUUCAAGGCCCAAGUGCUUCGAUUGUUUGAAACACAGGAGGAAGCGGAACAACAAGAAAAAACGAGUUCCUUGGCCAAAGCCUCCGGUGUCGGACGACAGCGAUGUCUCAUCGGUCUCAAGCGCAGCCUCGCUAGCGGAGAAAGCCACUGGCUGUCUAAGGAAAAACAGCCUCGCUGCGUGCAUCAACUCCAGCAAAAACCUUCACCACCGGUGCGGGUUUCACCUGAAAGAGCAGAAACUACUUCACCGGCUGUGCUUGCACCUGAUCAGGCAUUGUCGACCAGGCCAGAGUCCUCAGAAGAGGCUAAUCAAAACUCAGUAAGCCAGGAGGACUCUGAAAGCAGCGAGACGCGGGGACCCCCAAAGCAGUUUUCACAGAUUGGCAAUGAGGUGUUCCUGGGCAGCGGUGUGUGGAUACAAAAAUCAGUUUAUGACCAUCUGAUGCAGCGCCCGAAAGAUGGCAUUUUUGUUCGAGAGGCCAGUGUAAAAAUAUUUUCAACUGCUGGCCUCUUUAACAGAAGUGUCACGGGCGCUGCAUCAAAUAGAACUAAAACAGAAGCCAAGCAACCCUUGGAUCCAGCAAAAUAUGGUGUUCUGAAAGAAUUUUUCCACCACUACCUUGAACGGCGGUGCAGCAGCCCUGCCGAACUUGCCUUGAGACACAGUUGUGUCGGAAAAAUAGUGGCAUGUAAAAUAGCAGACCUAAUGAAGGGACAGAAAAGGCCCUUGUAGAUUUGAGUUUUUAUAAUAUAUUUUGA